AUGGGGGGCGACCUGUCUCGAAGGAACCAAAACCUAUACUGCACCUAUCACAGAGACAAAGGACACAUCACCGAGCAGUGUCGGGUAUUAAAAGAUCAUCUCGGGCAGCUAGUAAAGGCAGGGUACCUGAAAGAGUUUGUAGUAGGCUCCACUGACCGAGAAGCCGGACAGGGCGUCCAACAGAAAAGGAACCCCUUCCCGCCUCUACUGGGGGUAAUCGAAGUCAUCCAUGCUACACCAAGAGGAACAGCAGCAGCAAAAAGGGUAUUGACGAUGGCUUGCACGGGAGGAGAAUCAGCCGAGAAGAAGAAGAAAGUUGGACGGCUGACCAUCUCGUUCGGAGAAGACGAUUUGGAAGGAACGGUCCAACCUCACGGCGAUACUUUGGUGGUGACGGCCCGGACAGGCGGGUUCCUGGUGAAGAGGGUAAUGAUUGAUUAA